GGGAAAACACAUCGAGACACUGCCAAUUAAAGUUGCAACACACAGUGACUGCCGAAAAACACAGAGGACAGACAUUGCCAGCGCAGCGGGCUGCAACGCCGAGGGCAAGGUUCAACAAGCAGCUGAAUUAUAUUCACGGUAUCAGUAUAAGUUUUCGAAAAAGCGCAAAAGAGCACUGCCACUGACACUGCCACAGUCACAAUAGCAGCAACAGCAACAGCAACAGCAGCAACAGCAACAACAGCAGCAACAACAGCAGCAGCAAUCUGCUUGCAACAACAACGUGUUGCUGCCACAAAACGCAACGAAAGCGUCAUCGCUGCCCUUCGCACGCCUCUGCGGGUGCCAAGAUGCCGCGUGAAAGGAUUGCCAGAAUUGCAACAAACUCGGCCAGGGCCUGUCAGCUGCAAAGAUUCUAUGAACCAAAUACAGAGGUACGCUGGCCCGAGUACUAAACAAGCUGAGCGGAGUCGCUAGGACACAGGAACAGGAAACCAGCGGCGGCAUAACAGAAGCAACUACUAUGAUAACGAGGCUCUACAAUACCGAAGAGGAUCCCGCCUACUGCUCCUUCAUCUGGGGCUCCAAUCUCAGCAGCACCACCGAUGUCCUGGCCGCGGCAGGCAACUCCUCGCCCGUCUUUACCGACCUGCGCGACGAUUUCUAUCGGGAUGUGGAGGAUCCGCGAACGGAGUCGCUGAGGGAGUACUGCUAUGGGCUCCUGCUGCCCAUCAUCUGCGCCAUGGGCAUCAUCGGCAACGUGCUCAACCUGAUUGUGCUCACCAGGCGCAAUAUGCGUGGCACCGCCUACAUCUACAUGAGGGCCUACUCCACAGCCGCCCUGCUGGCCAUUGUAUUCGCCAUCCCCUUUGGCAUCCGCAUGCUGGUGCACAAGGAUCGAGGACAAUGGGAGGAGUUCGGCCCCGCCUUCUACACCGCCCACUUGGAGCUUUAUCUGGGCAAUGGCUGUUUGGGUGUGGGAGUAAUGAUGUUACUGGUGCUAACCAUCGAACGCUAUGUGUCCGUGUGUCAUCCGGGGUUCGCGAGACCCGUGAUGGGACCUCCAGGAGUUGUGGUCUUUCUCACCUGCCUGGCCACGGUGAUUGUCUACCUGCCGAGCAUCUUUCGUGGCGAACUGAUUAAGUGCAUUCUGGGUUCCAGCGAUGUCUACGUUUACUUGAGACGCGAUAAUACCAUCUAUCAGCAGACCAUCUUCUAUCGCAUCUACAAGAUCAUGCUGGAGGUGAUCUUUAAGCUGGUGCCCACCGUGCUAAUCGGUGGCCUCAAUAUGCGCAUUAUGAUGGUCUAUCGGCGCACCUGUGAGCGUCGUCGCCAGAUGGUGCUCAGCCGGAAUCAUGGUCAUGGUCAUGGUCAUAGUCAUGGGCAGGGUCAUGCCCAGGGACAUGCCCAUACCAAUGGCUAUGUGAAGGAUGAUGAUCCGAGGAAGUUUGCCGAGGAGCGACGACUGUUCCUGCUGCUCGGCAGCACUUCUAUCCUGUUCCUUGUGUGCGUCUCGCCCAUGGCCAUUCUCCACAUGACGAUCGCCUCGGAGGUGUAUCCCAGCUUCCCCUUCCAGGUGUUCCGGGCCAGCGCCAAUCUGUUGGAGCUGAUCAACUACUCGCUGACCUUCUACAUCUACUGCUUGUUCAGCGAGGACUUUCGGAACACUCUCGUCCGCACCAUCAAGUGGCCCUGGCUGAAGGGCAAGUUCUGCCAUCAGGCCGAGCACGAGACCCCGAGGACCACACCCGGCCUGCCAAUGGCGUGCUUCGCUAAGGUGGACACCAGGGAGAGGGUACGGCACAAGCAUCACAUCACCACCACCUCGGGCCUGGGACGAUCGAGCAGCAUUUAGCCAUCGCUUGAGCACAUCCACCACCAGCACCACCACCACCACCACCACAACCCAUCCGCAACCCGAGAUCCAAUCUCCGAAACUGAGCUCUGAACUCUGUAAACCCCAUCAUCCUUCAAUCCCCAACAGUCGAGGUGGGAGUCCUUUUGUCUCUCGUGCGAGAGCAGCUGCAUUCAUGUGUUCAACAGCAUUAAAUACGAUAUAUGAUAACGAUACCGAGAACGAUAACGAUAUAUGACGAUAUUGAUAACCAAAUACUAGCGCCACGCAUUGCGAAUUUAAGUGUCUAUGUAUGUGUGUUCCUUAAACAUAUAUCUAUUCGUAAAUGGAUACAAUUUUUUUUGUAGGCCUAGACUUAGCUUAAUCAAAAAAAAAAAUUGAAGAAUCGAUAUCACAAUUCGAUAUCAUGAAUAAUCGAAGGUAAUAACAUUAAUAGCACACUACUCAAGGCUAAAGGAUCUUCAAGAUGGCUUCGUAUACAUAGGUGUCGCAGUGUUAAUAGGCCUAAAUUUACUUAAUUAAUUAUUAAUCGAUAGAAGAGAUUAGCGAUUAAUCGGCAACCGUGGGAAAUAUAUAUCAACCAAAUAGCUAUGUAUGUGUUAUGUGUCGCUCCAUUACAGUUACAGCGCCCAUAAGCGCAGGCAGCUAGGCAUUUAAGAUGAAAAUAUCUCCAAGAUAGGCUAAGAUACUAGGUGUCGCAGAAUCCAGAUACUCAAAUUUGCUUGCCAACACAGAGAUGAAAUCCCAGGUGUGUAAUCGAGAGAUAAUGCUGCAGUUUGACUGCCAACAUGAGUUCUUGAGCCAACGACAUCAACGAUAUAGAUAGAUGCAAGUGUCUUAGAAUCAAGAUGAAUUAGUCAUAACUUAUACAUGAAUGAGAAUAUCGUCAAUCGAUCGAAAAGCAUUUAUAUCCCUAGAAGAAAUGGGAGAUAAUAGCACUUGAACUAUCGAUAGUCAGUUAAAGGAAAGCUUAAUACAAGUGUCGCAGGUUCAAGAUACAUUUGCAAGGGGGAAUUUAUGGAUAGCUACAGUUUCACUAGAGAAAAGGAUAUCUAAAAGAAGUCUUCGUGGAUGUUGUAUUGACUAAAUUGUACAUCGGUCUUUUCUUUUCUUUUUCUUUUAUCGUAAUCGAAAGGCACUUGGGUGAAAGAUAUCUACAGCCUGAAAUAGGUAUUAUGAUACAAUGAAAGUUAAAAACAAUUUCGGAUUUCGAGAUGAUAAAAUCGAUGACACAAAAAUAAAAUAAUCGAUUGAUUAAAUAACCGAUAAUAUGAGUUGACUUGCGAUAACAGUCGCAUUAGCAUCAGGAUAUCCAGUGCACCAAUACAGAUACAGGCGACAGAAUCGGUAAGCGUCAAUAAUCGGCAGAAAAUUCGUUACUAUCGAUAGGCAAAUUAAGAACCAGCGAUCACUGGAGCCCGUUACUUAAACACACAUUCAGAUACAGAUAUGAAUAAUCGUUAAUCGAUCGAAUGCCAUAAGAAAUAACGAGCUAGUAUACUCUAGUUUUAGAUACAUUUCACAAACAAGGCAGAUAAGGAUGGAUAGAGGGAUAGAGGGAUAGAGAGAUAAAUAAAUGAUGAGAUAGAGGGACAGGUUAAGAGAGAGACAGAGACAGACGACACUGACA